GAGAGCUUUGACUCGACGAGCCAUAUAAAAGUUACGAACGCGACAGUUGGAGACAUAGUUCAGUGCAGGAGCCGCAAGUGAAGCCAACUACCAAGCCACCACAAACCAAAUCUAAACAAAUUCCAAGCCAAAAUGUUCGCUCUUUUGUCUCUGUUCAUCCUGGGUGUGGGCGCUGCCGCCGCCAUCGAGCUGCCACUGAGUCCCAUCUACCACUCCCCGGGACUUAUCAAGCCCCUGCUCAAGGCUGUCGAGGUUGAGGCGCCCGCACACUAUGACUUUGCCUAUUCGGUGCACGACGAGCACACCGGCGACAUCAAGAGCCAGACGGAGUCCCGUAAGGGAGAUCAAGUGCAGGGCCAGUACACGCUAAUCGAUGCCGACGGAUACCUGCGUACCGUAGACUACACCUCGGAUGCCCACAAUGGUUUCAAUGCCGUCGUCCGCCGGGAUCCUCUGGGCCACAAGGUGAUUAAGGCUGCUCCCAUUGCUAAAAUCCUGUCUCCUCUGCCCAAACUACCCCUCGGCCUGUACCACUAAGUUGGAGGGUUGGAUAGGAAGAGAGAGAGAUAUCAAACACUGAUUUCAUCGCAUCGACGACGACCACCCAUCCGCACUAGCACUAGCAUCUGCAUCUGUAUCUGAACUCUAGCCGAACUAUGAUUUACCUGAUACCCAGACACCACCUUGUUUCGGAUCGUAUCUACAUUCUACACAUUACAUAUGCAUCUUUUCUGUGUCUUCUUCGACGACUUUUCCACUUAGACUCUUCGCCACUCAGUUACCGAUACUGCCGCAUAUUGGUAUAAGCGGGGUCCUAUCUCAUCCGCCUAAUAUUGUAUAUAUUAUGUCUAAAUAGACGGCAAUA